GGAAGGAUCAGAGUUCUUCAACGUCUUCUCAGCUCAUCUAAUACUUACAAAUUAAAAUAAGUAUCUACAAAUAUAAUUUCUAAAAUGAGAGUUAUUUUUAUUUGGCUUUUGAGUACUUUGGCAAUAGUUCUAAGUCAACCUGGGAUCAAAGAUGGUCAUCAACCUCCACCAUACAUAAAUCGUCCGAAAUUUCCAUCGAACCCUCCACGCUACAGUCGCUCAGCUGAUCCACAAGGAUCCAUUGUCUUUCAACACACAAAGCCUUUGGGAGGCCCGGAACGUCGUCCAAGUUGGAAUUUAGAUUACCAGCAUAACAUCUAUGAAGGUAAAAAUGGCCAAAUCAGCGCUUCAGGAGGGGCACAAAAGCUUCCUGGAAGAAAUGUUGAACCUCACGUUGGUAUCCAGGGAACCUGGAGAUUCCGUCGUUCACCUGAACCCCAAGGAUCUAUUGUCUUCCAACACACAAAACCUUUCGGAGGCCCGGAACGUCGUCCGAGUUGGAAUUUAGACUACCAGCAUAACAUCUAUGAAGGUAAAAAUGGCCAAAUCAGCGCUUCAGGAGGGGCACAAAAGCUUCCUGGAAGAAAUGUUGAACCUCACGUUGGUAUCCAGGGAACCUGGAGAUUCCGUCGUUCACCUGAACCCCAAGGAUCUAUUGUCUUUCAACACACAAAACCUUUAGAAGGCCCGGAACGUCGUCCAAGUUGGAAUUUAGAUUACCAGCAUAAUAUCUAUGAAGGUAAAAAUGGCCAAAUAAGCGCUGGAGGUGGUGCACAAAAGCUUCCCGGAAGAAAUGUCGAACCUCACUUUGGUAUCCAGGGAACCUGGAGAUUCUAAUUAUUUUUCAAACUCAUUAACGUUAAAUAUUUAUUAAAAAUUGUACAUAAAUUUUAAGUCUUUUUUUUACCGAUAAAUUUUUUAUGGAACCAAUAGAAAAUAAUAAAAUAUUAAUAAACAACUAAAUAAAUAA